CUGCUCUGCUCCUCACAUAACUCAAAGCACGACGGAGGGAAACCCAACGCCACAAGCCCACACUCCCCUCGACUCUCUCGCCGUUGCUUCCCAAACUACCCCUCCUCCCCCUCCACAGCACCAAGAAGCUCGCGGGAAAUGGCUGCCUAGCUCUGCACUCUGCAGGAAGCGUGAGGCCGGACAAGGGAGGCAAUGGGUUGCUGCGUCAGCAAGAAGUGCGACGAGUCGCCGGGCUCCGUGGGGGAGGCUGCGCGGCGGCGGUCGGAGGCGCGCGACCCGCCGCCGCCGCCGCCGGAGGAGGAGACGGUCAAGGAGGUGCUCUCGGAGACCCCGAAGGCCAAGCCGAGGCCCAGGCCGAGGCGCGUGGCUGCGUCGGCUGGGCAAGAGGCGGGGGAGGCCGUGGCCAAGGCGAAAGUCGGCGGUGCCAGAGUGAAGAAGGAUGGUGGCGGUGGCAGAGCGCGUCGGGCGGCGGGGCCGGCCCGUUCCGGUCCCUCUGGCGACGAGAAGUCGGAGGUGGCGUCCGAGUCCUCGGCCGCGACCACCGCCGCGGGGCCCGAGCGGUCGCCGGCGAAGGCGUCGGCCAGGAGGAGGGCGGCAGCCGUGCCUGGCGAGGCCGCCCGCGGCGCCAGGCGGGACCGGGGCGGCUCUUCCCCUGUCCCAGGCGCCGGCCGCGCUGGUGUCGGCGCCGGCCGCGCGUCGCCCUCGCCGCCGCCCCCGCCGCGGCGGCGCGACACCGGCGAGCGGCCGGGCCGGAGGUCGCCGUCGCCCGCGGCGAAGCGGACGCAGGAGCAGCGCCGAGCGAGCGCGGGUGCCGCCGCCGCGACCCCCGGCACGCAACGUAAGCCGCCCGUCCCGGCGAGGCCGUGCGGCCGCGCGUCGCCGCGGCGCGGGCAGGAGGCGCCCUCGCCUCCCCGGCUCUCGCCGCCGGCGCAGCUGCCGGACGCGCCCGCGGGCUCCGCGUCUCCACCGCCCGCGCCGCUGGCGGAGGAGGAGAAUGCCGCAGCCACCGCCGGCGAGGGCGAGGGGAAGGAGUCCCUGGACAACCCGCUGGUGGCCAUGGAGUGCUUCAUCUUCCUGUAGCGCUCGCUGCUAAUCCUCUGCCGUCGCCGUCCGUCUCCCCGCCUCAGCAGUCAGUUAAUUACCCCCACGGUUAGUUUAGUACCACCAGAAGCAGCAAGUAGGUAGCAGCAGCGUAAUUUGGUGAGUAAUCUCGUGCGGCAACGUUCCCCUGGGUUGUCUUUUUUACCCCCGGGAGAAAAAUUACUCCCAGGUUAUUUCAGUAGCGCCGUCUGAUGCAGAUCAGAAGGCUCUGACGUGCUCUCGUAGUGUGUCAUGUUGUUCCAGUGCCCUCGACGUAAUCUGUAGAGUAUCUUUCCGAGCAGUGCCUGUCUAGCUGUAGCAUUCGGUUUCUUUUGCUUGCAACAUGGAGUCAUUCGGAGCUGGAAAGGUACUCCAUUCGUGUUGCUUUACCAUUAAAAAAAAAAUCUAGCAACCACGUCGUUCGCUCAA